UACCCUGCUGGCCCUGACUGGGUCACAGGCCAUUUUCCAGAAGUCUUACUGGCCAAGACUGGGCAGAGAGCCUCCCAGGCACAGGGUGUGGAGGGUGGCGCAGCCGAAGGAAACCUGAGCGUCAGAAAUUCCAGAGGAACACGGAAUGGCCAACGGCAUCAUCGGUUCUAACUCCGGAAUAUCCAGUGUCGCUUUUCUGCACAGCAGAAGCUCAUCUUUUCCGUGUUUGAGGCAAAGGGCCAGGGACCUGGACUCCGCCUGCUCCCUGUUGGGUCUCCCACACCCCCUUUUCUCUGGAAGAGGAAAGUACGGCACAGAGCCAUCAAGACCCAGCCUGCCCCUGUUCCAGGGGCUGGGGGCCCGGCUGCAGGAGGCUCAGGCCAGCUGAGGGUCUGGCCCACACCCAGAGGCCCUGGGCGGGCGGGUUGGCAUCACUUGGCAGGCCCUGCUCUGCUGAGUGGGCUGCCUCGCCCCGCAAGCUCCAGUUUCCUCGGCUCUGGCCACACCGCCUGUAAAGCACCUGACGUGGUGGCCGCUGGCCACCAGCCUCUGGCAGCCGUCAGCUGUGGUGGGCAGCAGGUGCCCCCUCACAGUCACUUCUCUGGGUUCCCACCUCGCUGGCUCUGCAGCCAGAUGGCCCAGCACCGUCCCUGUCCAUGCUCGAUCAGCAGGUCCCCUCAGUCUCAGAAAUGUGCAGGCAGACAGCAGAGUACGUGACCACUGCGUCCAUCACCGUGCCAAUUAAGGAGCCCCGAGAUCCGUCAGAGGUGGUGGCUGCAUGGCGCUGGGCUUCCCUCGCUGUUGGAAUGGGUGGGCGCCCAGCCAGCUUCCAUGGACAAGGCUCAGGGAGGAGAAGAGCAAGCCUUGGGGCAUAGGGGUGGCAGAGUGCUGGAUCACGGAAGAGUCCAGAAGCGUCCUAUGCUUGGAGGCCGUCCUGCCAGGCCUCAUGGGGCUUGAUGUUGGGGUUGAGUCCUUCAGGACGCACAGGCACAGCGGCCUGGCAGCAGGUGACUCCUGUAAAGCAGAGUGGCUGGACUGCAGGCUCGAUGGCCUGGAGGCCCUGGGCUCUGGCCGGCUGAGGCCGAGGGGAUCGGGCAGCGCAGCGCGAGGACCAGACACCCCAGCGAUGACCAGCUCGCCCGUCUCCAGGGUCGUCUUCCACGGCAAGAGGAACAGCAGCCCCCGCUCUCCUGCCAGCAGCUCCGAGAUCUUCACCCCGGCCCACGAGGAGAACGUGCGCUUCAUCUACGAGGCCUGGCAGGGCGUAGAGCGCGACCUGCGGAGCCAGAUGUCGGGCAGCGAGCGGGGCCUGGUGGAGGAGUACGUGGAGAAGGUCCCGAACCCCAGCCUGAAGACCUUCAAGCCCAUCGACCUGGGCGACCUGAGGCGCCGGAACCCGCAGGACGCCAAGAAGUCCUAGCGUGCCAGGCAGCCACCCCGGCCUCCGGAAGCUCAGGGUCGCAGCGCGGACACGGGUUUCCCUCCCGUGCGCCGACUCCAGAGGGGCAGGAGCGGGGCUGUGCUCAGGGCGAGCUGCAGACCCCAGGGGCAGGAUGGGUGGUCCCAUCCAGCGCCACCUCCCCAAGUCCCCUUCCCUCAUCUCCACCCCGUUCCUGGGGGGUCUGGACCCCAGCAGCCCCUGCCCCAGCCCUGGCCUAGCUGUGUCUUUGGAGCCUUCUGGCCCCACCUGCUCACUCUGGGGGCCCCAGACCCCCUCUUCCUACCACCCUGUCUCUGUCUCCACCUCCCUGCCCCUGGUCACUGACCUCCAAGGAUACGAGGUGAGAAGGGGUCUCUGGAGUCUCAGGCUGUGUCCUGCGCCAGGAUCUGUCCCCGAGGUGGCCGAGAGGCAGUACCCAGCUCUGCUCCCCGGGACCCCUGGGCUGCUCACCCUCCAGCCCCUGCCUCCUCCCGGCCUCAUCCUCGGGGCAGCCCCCGUGGUGUCCUGGCCGCCAGUGCAGAGGCCCCUGGAGCCUGCCCCCAUGAGCAGUGGCGCUGAGGCUGGCCCUGAGCUGCAGUGGUCCUGGCUCGUCUUGGCUCUGGGAGUGUGCCUGGGAGGGUCACCAGGGCCCCCUUCCUCCCUGUGCCCUCCACAAGCCAAGUGUCUGUGCAAAUAAAGGGUUGGCACUGGG